GUUCUUUUGCUUCUGGCCGACAGGUAAAGUGGACUUUCCCUUUGUCAGUGUAACCAGAGAGGACAAACACCUUCACUUGAGCUUCACACACCCAGCAGUUCUAUAUUCCCCUGGUCACAAAUCCAAGAAGAAGAAAAGCCUAGACUCCCAGAUGCGCCUGCCCAUCUUUCACUACGAUAUUCACAUCAUUAACCAGACUGAGUCACAUAAACACAGCUGCUCAGAGAGUGUAUGUCAGGACAAGCUCCCAGUGCAUGACAGUGAGAAAAUCUAUUGUUUGAUCAUGAGUGGAGAGAUGAAGAAAAUAUCUGUACAAGCUACAGAGAAGUACUGUUCGAAGCCUCUGAAAGCUGCAGGAAUCAGUGCCCUUGCCUACAUUUUACCUAUUGUUCUGGUGGUGGUUGGUGGUCUCCUCAUUGUUUUAAUGGUGUUUGUCAAGAAAACAAAAUCAAUGCCUUUACUUCCAAGCUCUCUGAACAUUUCUAAGAGCAAUGGUCAUCGGCCGGAACAAAAAUCACAUGAGUCAGAGUAUUCUUCUGCACAUCUGGACCCUUCUUCCCCUACAUUACUCAUCACACCAAACCAGGACACAGCAGAUUACAGUAGUUCAGGUGAAUGCACCAUACGACUGCGUCUUGGAAUAAAAGAAGAAGACAAUGAAAUCCAACUGGAGUCUGAGGAAGCAGUAAUGCCACUAGACACGGGCUACUCAGACGGCAAGUACUUAGAUGAAGAUGAGGAAGCCCCUAUUCCGUAUGAGCCGCGCAACACUGCUGAAGCGAAUAAUGACUGAGAAUGCAAUAACAUGUAAAUUCACUAUCAUUCGUUUAAAUUCCCCAAAACAAAUGUCAUGAUAUUUGUAUCAUUUUGUAAUAGUGGGAUUGUUACGCAGAUAUAACCAUACACCAUUUACUGGAACAGAUUUUGGCUAAAGGAGUAUGGAUAUCGGCUAUAGGAUUUUCAAAUGUUUUAAUUUUAUACUUUUUUGUUUUGUUCUGACUGUCAAACCCUAACAUUUCAAAAGAUAAUGUCACUUUAAAUGAGAGCAAGCUCUGAUUUGUGUUAGCACCUUGUAUAAAAAUAAUUUAAAUAGUGCCUUUUGAUUUUUACCAGAUGAAUCUUAACAUCAAAAGUGCUUAAUGCAUUAAACAGUAUGAACACAUCAUAGAUGUAAACUAUUGUUGUGGUGUCUGGAAAGACCCCAAAACUAAAACUCCCAAGUAAAUAAUUUGCACUUUGAA